AUGGAUCCUUCUGUCUGGUACCACCGCGACUUGGGGUCCCGAUUAUCACCUGCUUGCCAGUUCGUCUAUAACCGGUGGAGUAGCAUCGCCGACACUGACCUUCCUGCGCACCUACACCGCGUCCGAGAUCGAGCCUGGCCUGUCGGACAAUACCCCUGCAUCGGGCAAUGGAUGUUCCUGCUGCCAGGCCUGGCCGGCUUCCCUGAAUUUCCCUCGAUUCUGGACCUCGUACGACAACCACGAGAGGCAAUAGUGCUCGAUCUCGCGUGCGGACUUGGCCAGGACCUGCGGCUGCUGGCGGCCCACGCCGCCUACCCCGACGGCGCCCCGACGGCGCGCUGGUGGGCGGUUGACCUGGAACCCCGCCUGUGGGAACUAGGCUACGAGUUGUUCCGUGAUCGCGAUCGCAUGGCAGCGCACUUUGUGGCCGGCGACUUUCGCACCCUCGAUAUCACCGCCGAAUCAUCGCCCCUGGCUCCGCUGCGCGGCAGCGUGGACCUGAUCAUCGCUAAUCAGUUCAUCCACCUGUUCGACCUGACCGAUCAGCGGGAAGUAAUCCGGCGGAUCAUUGAGCUGUCACGCCCGGGCACGAAGGUGGUAGGAUACCAACAGGGCCGGCGACAGCCCCGCGAGGAUGUGCGACCUUGGGGCACGAUGUUCUUCCAUAAUCGCGACUCAUUCGUCGCGCUGUGGGAAUCAGUGCAGCGCGCAACCGCCACGGAAUGGACCAUGCAGGUGCGCGAGGUGGAUCUACGGCGGGAUUGGGGCUUGCAAGUGGAAGAUGUGGCCUGGAUGCCCGCGGAUCAAGGCGGCUUGGAGUUUGUGUUUGUACGUAUGAAUUAG